AUGGGAUCUCAAAAUAAUAUAAUAAAAGAUGAGGAAUUUAUUAAACCUAUUACUGAAUAUAGGAAAUUUCGUUAUUACGAAUUAAAUAAUAAAAUAAAAGUGUUUUUAAUCCAUGAUAGCAAUGCUGUAUAUUCAAAUUUAGCUUUGUCAAUUUCUGUAGGUAAAUUUAUGGGAUUUUAUAAUAAUAUUAAUUUACCAAGUUUUUUAUUAUAUGGUUUAUUUAUGGGAUCAAGGAAAUUUCCUUCAAUACAUGAAUUUGAUAACUUUUUAAGUAGUCAUGGUGGAGAAAUUGAAAAAGAGAUUACAGACAGAAAUUCUUAUUACUAUUUAGGUAUUCCCUCAAACUACUUAAAUCUAGCUUUAAAAAGAUUUAGUGAAUUUUUUAAGACACCAUUAUUUGAUAGGAAUGGUUUAAUUAACCAAUUAAGAAGAUUUUCUCAAAUAUUUAGAGAUUAUUAUCCAGGGAAUUUAUUAAAUACUAGUGAAUUAAUUCAUGAGAUAUCAUAUUUAAAUUCAUUAAAUAAAAUAAAUUGUUCAAGUAGAGAAUUUGAUAUAAAUAAUGAAUAUGAAUAUAUAAGAAAUGAAAUUAUAAAGUUUUUUAGAGAAUAUUAUAGUGCAGAUUUAAUGACAUUGAUAAUAAUUGACUCAAAGCCCUUCAAUAUAUUAGAGAAAUAUGUAUCUGAAUUUUUUCUUAAUAUACAAAAUAAUAAUAAGAUAUUAUCUACUUUUCAUAUAUCAGAUAAGAAUGUAGAACCAUUAUUGAUAUAUAUUGGGAAAAUAAUACAUGUAAAAUAUAAUAAUCCAAUUAAUAAGAUUAAAUUAAUAUUUCCAAUUACUUACAAGGUAUCAAAUGAUAAAUUACUUUCAUUUCAAUAUAUAAUUGAUACAUUAGGACAUAGGAUGAAAGGAAGUUUGGUUGAAUUUUUGAAGCAAAGAUGUUGGAUUGAAGAUUUAUCAUUAUUUGUAUCAUCUUCAGAAUUUGGGUAUUCUUUUAUUGAAAUAUCUAUAGAUUUGACAUAUAUUGGAAUAAAUUAUUUAGCUUAUAUACUUAAAUCAAUAUAUGCCAGUAUUAAUAUUUUAAAGAAUAAAGCAAUUAAUCCAGAUAUUAUAGAUGAUAGAAUUAAAAUUGAAGAAAUAAAUUUUUAUUAUAGAGAAUCUUUGAAUAAUAAAGAAUUAAUUUACACAAUAAUAGAGAAUUAUUCUUCACAUAGAUAUUUACCAAAUGAGGUACUUAUUGGUAAUGUAACUAUAGAUAAAGCUGAUACUAAGGAUAUACAAGAGGCAAUAAAGAUUUUAAAUCCUAAAAAUAUGAUAUUAAUAAUUUUUAGUCAAAAUUUUGUAUUAACUGGAAUGAAUAUGCUAUUAAAUAAUGUAGAAUUUAUGAAUGAAUUAAAAUUAAAUAUGGAUAAUAAGUUUUAUAACAGUCUUAUUAAUGAUAUAGAAAAUAGUGACAUAAGAUUUGACGAUUUGAAAUAUAAAGAAAUAAAAUAUCAUAUUGAGAAAUUACAUCCACUAUUUUUAAAUUAUUUAGAUAAAGUGGAUAAUGUAAUUCAGAACACAACUUUUUAUUAUGAUCUACCUGACAAAAAUGAAUGUAUACCUUCAUUAAUUGAAGAUUAUACAAGUAAUAUUAUGUAUCAACAAUAUCCAAUUCCACUGAAAGAUGCUAUAAAUAGAUAUUUGAAUGAAAAUUACUCUGAAGGAUGUAGAGUUAAAUUAAGUAUGAUUUCUCCUUCAUUUGAAAAUAUUUUCUAUUUUCCAAUAUUAGGUUCUACUAAUGUUAAGACUUCAUUAUCAUUUAGAAUAAUGACUCAUGUGAUAUCGAAAUCUAGCUUAAUAUUACCAAAAGCUCUAGAAUCAACAUCUAGAUUACUAUCAACCUUAAAUAUUUUAUAUAGAGCUAUUGAGAUUGAAAUAAGUUCUAUUAUAUAUUCAGUAACACAAGCUGGAAAUAACGUAAAAUUAUUAGUUACUAAAGAAAGUGAAUUUGGUGGUUCUCCUUUUGGGCUUGAAAUAUUACUACUUGGAUAUUAUCCAUCAUUAAUAAUAUUUAUUGAAAAUUUUUUUACUACAUUAUCUAAUUUGAAUAAAAUAGCAGAAUUGAGUUUUCAGCAGGCUAAAUUCAAUUAUCAGAAUUACUUAAAGUUUCAAAUAUAUGAAACUACUUCAAUUGAACAAUCUUUAAAUGCUCUUUCAGAUAUUACAUUAAUGCAAAACAUGUCCUAUAAAUUACUUAUGAAACAAUGUUCUAAGAUUAAACUUGAAGAUGUUAUUGAAUUGGCAAAUUAUAUUGCUCAAUAUGGUGAAAUUGAAGGUUUGAUAGUUGGAAAUUUGGAUCCAAUUAGGGCACAUAAGUUGAUAAAUAACAUAUUAAAGUGGCUUAAACAUAAUGAAGAGAAAUAUCAUGUUAGUUCAAAAAUUGAUAUAACAAAAUCCAUUAAGAUAGCUCGGUCAACAACAUUAGAAGGUACUAGAGACUCAAUUGAAUACUAUGAAACUUUAGAUCUACUUUCUUUAGUCAAUUCAAAUAGGAAUACUUAUUAUUAUCAAUUAAAUAAAAAUAUAAAUGAUAAAAGAUCUCAUGUACUAUUAUUUUUAGGGAUGGGAGCUGCUGAUUAUGUAUCACUAGUACUUUUAAAUAUGCUUAAGAGGAUAAUGAGUCGUAUAUCACAAAGUGGAGAUAAUAGUGAACUUAAAUUAGAUAUAAAUGUUACUAUUAGGUUUCAUGUUAUUGGAUCAUCUUUUGCAGGAUUAUUAUUUUAUGCAGAAUCAACAAAUAGAAAUAUUAAAUUUUUGACCGAAAAUAUAUUAAAAUUUUAUAGAACUUUUUUUGAGAGUGAUAAUUCAAUAUCCUUAAGUGAUUUUGAAGAAGCAAGAAAACAAUAUUUACAUCAAUUACACUUUAAACCUACAAAGCUGGUUGAUAUUAGUAAUGAAUUUUACUCUCAACUUGUUAACAGACAAAUAAAGUUUAAUACUAAAAUAUCAAAGAUACUUUACCUUCAGAAUUUGAAUUAUGAAAAGUUAAAUUCAUUUUCCAGUGCUAUGAGAAAUUCUCCCAAAGUGAUAAUUGCUACUCAAUCACAAAUUGGUACUAACCUAGAUGAAUUAUGUAAAUAUUCUCCUAUUAGAUUUCAAAAAAUUACUUCAAAAGAUGAGUUAUUUUAUAUUGAAGGUAUAAGGACAUAUAAAUUUCCAUUAAAAAUGAGUGAUAAAUAUUAA